AUGAGCACUCUUCAAAAUGCCCAGAGUGGUAAAACCACAAAUGGACAGUCCGAGAAGACAGGCCACGAUAAAAAACCUAUUAUUCAGAGCCAGAGAUUUAGUCACAAAAGAAAGCAGGUGGAGGACACAAGGAAAGGUGGGUCCACAGUAGCUGGCAAAAGUUUGAUGGAUACCUCAAACGAUCCUGGCUCAAAAUAUGCGCAAGAUGAUGGAACAGAGGGUAGAGGAGUACAAGGCACAUCAGGGGCUGACAAGAGUUCAACGGUCUUGAACAAUGAGCAGCAGAAUACGACAGUAGAAGGAGGAGCACAAGACACGAAUCGUAAAACGCCAAAGAGGCGGCGUUCAAGAACAAAACGCAAAAAAAACAAAAGUGCAGACAGCGGUGAAAUUCCCGAGUUACAAAAUAGACUGCCAGGUAAAGCGACAGAAAAAGACAGUGAAAGCCGAGAUGGGAUUCAAAAGCAAGAACAGAGGCAUUCGCUAAAGAAAGCUGGUAGUAUUGAUAGUGUUUCACAGUCAGCCACCGAGGGGCAGAAGAGCAGUAGUGCAAAAGAAGUAACAAAGAAGCAAGACGCUGUCGAAAAGAACAAACAACCAAGCCAGAAAGUCAAGGGAAGAACAAACACGGUUGAUUCCUCAGGGGGCAAAGAUGUUACGAUGGUUCAAAGUCAUGUGCAAGCUGAUGCGAUGAUAGCAGAUAGCCGGAAGGAAGACGAAUUUGGACAACGAGGGAGGACUACUCAUCGGCAGAAUAGACGUUCAGGGUCAAGAGGUGCUGUUGGGGAAAGCUCCCCCCUCCGUGCAGCUCAGGAAGGGCUAGAGAAAAUAAAGGAUCGAGAAAAUGCCCAGAGCCGAAAAGAAAAUCAAAGUCGAAACGAAACAAGCCAACCUGUAAGGAUAGAGAGUAAAGAGAAACAACGACUAAUUCCUAAAGAAAAGAGACUGGCAAACGAAAGACAGAGUGCAGUUCUCAAUGGUAACAACAACCUGUCGGAAAACGAGGCACGUAGCAGAGAAACUGAAAUUGUAAGUGAUCACGUGAAAAUCGUGUCCGCGACUAAGGAAGGAGUCCCUUCGAGCAGAGAAAAAAAAGCAAAACAAGCAAUUAACAGAUUGGAAUCUCAAAGAAAGCCUCCAUCAGUCAAUGCUAUGACAGGUUUCCUCACAAAAACUCCACAAGAAAUCGUGAAUUGGUUAAUCCGAGAUCAUUCAUCCUUGUUUAAAAAACAACUUAAAAUCAAAGAUGAAGCGGUUGCUGUCCUAUUGAAACUUCUGGCCAAAGCUUGUGAUUGCAAGUCUUCCAGUAACCUUAAGAAACUUUUCAAAGUGUUAUCAUCAUCCUGGCUGCUCAACCGAAGGGCUCUGGCCAUUCUGAACCAGCUAACUGGGAAGGAAUCGAAGACAUCCCAAAAUGAGCAUUUUGCUAUGGAAACAAUCAGGGAAAUGGCUAAAGUGCAGACAGAGAUCCUUAGAAGACACCCAACUAAAAAGUACCCUCUGAUGGAGAAACUCCAUAGGCUGGUAAAUGCUCGCAAGUUACAAGAUCAAGGCGUGAUCUCUGUUGUGCAAGAGCAACAGAAACUGUUGAGUAAGGAGAAAGUUGCACAAUGCAAAAAAGAGGCAGUGCAAAAGAGAAAAAGUGCCAAAGCUGGUAAUGGUUUCUUUUUUUCCUUAAAUUUAGCAAUUGAGUGUAUUUUGGCCCCCAGGCUAACCAUUUCCAUUCCAUUCUUGUGUCCUUUUAUGACAAAUGACUAAGUUAAAGAAUAAAGGGUAAGAGCAUUAGCCCUUCGCUCUGAAGAAGGGCUAACGCACGAAACGUCAGCUUAACAACUCUUUACAGUUGCCAAUUUACGUUAUCAACUCAGUUGAUAAUACUAAAUUACCCUGUUUUGACUAAGUUAAAAGCCUGUUCCGACACUGCAUGGCAAAAUGUGCAACAAGCUGCAAUUAAUUCGUACAUCUUGUAAUCGCUUUCUUAGUUUGCACAGAGUAAUAACUAUGUUUCGGUAUCAUUUUCAAUCUACAGAUGUUACCGAUGUUAAGAUGAAGCCGCCCGGGAAAAGCUCAGAACUUCCAAACUUGGAAGCAAAACAAACUGUUGCUACAACUAUCGAAGGGAAGAAAUUUCGCAAGAGUACCUUCCCUCUCGGCGCGGCCGAGCAAGGGCUGGAGCAAACAAAGGAUGGAGAGUAUGCGACAAGUCAACAAAAAGUUCAAAAUGGAAAUGAAAUGAGCCAAACCGUUGGUCGAGAGAACAAAUCAAUAAAAGAAGGAAUUCCUAAUGAAACGAAAGAGGAAAAUACAAGUCAAAAUGAAUUUAUCAACGGCAAUAGCAACUUUUCAGAGAACGGGGUACAAAGCGGGGAAGUUGAAAGUGAUCGGGUGAAAAACCGGUCCGAGAAUAAGGCAGAAGUUCCUUCGAGCAACGGAAGAAAAGCAGAACAAGCAAUUGACAGAUUGGAAUCUCAAAGAAAGCCUCCAUCAGUCAAAGCUAUGACAGAUUUCCUCUUAAAAACUCCGCAAGAAAUCGUGAAGUGGUUAAUGCUGGAUCAUCCUUACCUAUUUAAAAGGCAACUUAAAAUCAAAGAUGAAGCGGUUGCUGUCCUACUGAAACUUCUGGCAAAAGCGUGUGAUUCCGAGUCUUCCAGUAACCUUAUAGCGCUUUUCAGAGUGUUAUCAACAUCCUGGCUGCUCAACCGAAAGGCUUUGGCCAUUCUGAACCAGCUAACUGGGAAGGAAUCGAAGACAUCCCAAAAUAAGCAUUUUACUAUGGAAACAAUCAGGGAAAUGGCUAAAGUGCAGACAGAGAUCCUUAGAAGAUACCCAAAUAAAAAUUACCCACUGAUGGAGAAACUCCAUAGGCUGGUAAAUGCUCGCAAGUUACAAGAUCAAGGCGUGAUCUCUGUUGUGCAAGAGCAACAGAAACUGUUGAGUAAGGAGAAAGUUGCACAAUGCAAAAAAGAGGCAGUGCAAAAGAGAAAAAGUGCCAAAGCUGGUAAUGGUUUCCUUUUUUUCCUUAAAUUUAGCAAUUGAUUGUUUUUUGCCCCCAGCCUAACCAUUUCCAUUCCAUUCCUGUGUCCAUUUUUGAGCUUAUUGACUAUUGUCUAUUAGACGCUGGCAAAAAUUGCAACAAACUUCAAUGAAUCUUUACUAACUUGUAUCGCUAAGGAGUAUGAUAAAACCCGCAAAACUACCACUUAUUUUGCACAGCAGAGUAGCAAAUAUGUCUUGGUAUCACCUUCAACUUACAGAUAUUACUGAUGACAACUUGAAGCCUCCCGAGAAUUUUCGCUUGCUGAGUGUUAUUCCAACUCGUGAGAACAUCAUUUCAAACCAGGGCCAAGACCAAAAGCUGUUCCUCAGAAAGAACAAAGUUGAAGGGCACUACAACGACGAGGAACACUAUUUAGACGUUCAGUUUCGGCUUCUACGUGAAGACUUCUUAAGACCUCUUCGCAAAGGGAUCCAACACUUAAUGGGCAAAGACGUCCCUGAUGAUACCGAUGACGAUAAUGUAGGAGAUGUCAGAGUCUACAAAGAUGUGAGAAUACUACGGCCUGCGUGUACUUCAAAUGGAGUCGCAUUCAAGAUUAAGUUUGAUGUUACAGGUUUCAGUCGAGUUCGAUGGGAGAACAGUAAGAGACUGAUAUUUGGAUCAUUGUUGUGUCUAUCGAAGGACAAUUUUAAGAGCUUCGCUUUUGCCACCGUCGCAAAUAGAGAACUAAGCGAUAUAAGAAAGGUAAGAGUACUAGUUACUGAAACAAUAAUCAAUAAUCAUUGUUUUAAUGGACUCUAGCUAUUUCUUUUCCCAUACCCCAAUAUAAUACGAUCAGGAAUUAAAUGGAUCACAGACGGACUAUUUGCCCUUGCCUUUAAACCUUGUUCAGCUGUUUCGAGCGAGGAAACUCUGCACAGUGCACUAACCUCUUGGAUUCAGUCAUUAUGUAUCAGUGCAAACAUCCAACUUACCUUUACUAGGAAAGAAAGAGAAUUCAAGUUGUCCUUUAUGUUGUCGUAUUACAGCAUGUGAAUAUAAAAGCUGUUAUCCUGUCUGCGGGAAUACAAUUUUUUUAAUCUUUUGAAUUUUUUUUUAUUAUAAAACUCAGGGCGAACUAGAAGUGCAGUUUGUCUCGCCUGGUGGUGAAGCCGGAAUACACACGGGAGAUUUAUGCCAAAUGGUCGAGUCCAUAGCUUUCUUUGAGGCAUAUCGACCAGUGCUUGAAGGAUUGAAGACGAUACCUUCCGGAGAAUUUCCUUUUCAGGUAAUAAUCAAUAUGUCAGGCUAGGAAUGUUCGCCAACUUAAGACUGAGCAUGUCGACAUAUAGUAGUGCUCGUAGUAUUCAGGUCUCCUUCAAUCCAACUUGUAAAACUUUUGCUCAAUGGGUUGUGUCCUCCAGAGUAGUACAAUAGGAAAUUAUUUAUUCUGGCGUGAAGCCAAACUAUAUCAUGGCGUGAAGCCAAAUUAUAUAAUAAGAUCAAAUGGAAUUACUGGCGGAUGACCGAUGAAGCAUGUACUGAUCUUGAAGCCAAAGGAAAACACCUUUCCUCUAAGUAACCGUUAGUGGAACUCCUUAAAGCUAUUCCUUUGUUUCCAAUGCCAACCGGCGUGGAAUAUUUAUCAACAUGGUGUUGACUUUUUUUUAGAGAUACAUUGUGAAGUGUCAGACAGAUGUACAAUCACCAGCCUACCUAAGGAAACCCGGUGGUCACCAUGCAAAGUUCGAUUUUUCUCCUCUUUUUUCAAACGAAGAAUCACUUGAUCACAAGUAAGUGAAGACUCGGCAGGUUCUUAGAUACUAUGUUAAUUCAUCCGCUGACUAACUGACCACUUAAAACCAAAUAAGUGCCCCUCUCAUGUACCUUCGCUAAUUUUAUGUGUGAUGUUCCAAAGAUGUCUUCUGCCAGGAAUUACGGAUCAAAGGAAAAAGGACUUGAUUUUGAUGGUUAACGGUUUAAGUUAUCCAUUUUGAUUGGUGACGGUUAAAUUUCCGCCUCUAAUGGCUGACAGUUUGCCCCAAUGAUACCCUCUUACGGAUGUGACUAAUGAAGUAUUAAUAAAAUGUAACGGUAACAGGGUUGUGAUUAAUCUGUUGAAAUGUGUUCAUAAGUUGUCAUGAGGUGAUCUGCAUUCAUUUUCAGGUCGAGUCCCGCAUGUGUGCUAAAGCGUGAGAAUCCUGGUGGUCUUGAAGUCUCAGGUAAAAGAGAAAAAAAAAAGUUACAGCAAAAUCAUGUUUUUAUGCUCUCGUUUUUUUAAAAACUUUUAAAGAGGUUUAGCUGUGUUACUGUCAAUGAGGCACUUGUAAAGAUAAUUUCAAGGGUGAUUUUAAAAAAGCUGUUUCGGAAAGACCUGAUAGCUAGUAGCAUCAAUGGAUGAUUUCAGUUCAACGGUUUUGUUUACAUUAUCUGUAUGUUCAAAAGAUACUACAUAACUGGAACAAGAACAAACAUCAUCUAAUGUAAAGUUGUUUUAAUUUGAAGUAUAUACCCAGGGUGCGGGGAAUUUUUUUGAUUAACCGUAGAAUUAGCUCAGAUCAGACUUGAGUGUAUAUGUGUACGUUUAGACGCACUUUGAUAUCAUUUACUAAUUUCUAGUCUCUUUUUGGAUAUCAAAAUUAGUUUCGCAGAUGUCAUAGGAAUCCCUCUCUUUAUAGAUAAUAUCGUGUUUAUGAAGCUCUUUGUCAAAUCACACUUGUCAAUCACGACACAAGGUUGGCUACCGCAGACUUUCUCAAUUUGUUAUAGUAGUAUGGUCGAAUAUAGGUUGCGUCAAAUGUUGGCGCAGGCCAGCAGUUGGCGGUUAGCUGAUUGCAACCACUACUCUGAGUUCCUCUUUGGAAAUAAAAUUUCUAGGUUACCAUGCUGGACUAUUGGUCUCAGUGUUGGACCCAGCCUCCUGGCCGGUGGCGGAGGAUCUGAAGUUGGAUGAUUCACAAUUUAACGCCUUACAGCUGGCGCUGACCAAAGAGUUUGCAGUAAUCCAGGGACCGCCAGGCACCGGAAAAACCCACAUCGGAUUGAUGGUAUUUUCUCCUUUUUUCAGGAGAUUUUGUCUUAAGACCGAAGUUAAAAAGAGAUAGUUGGCAUUUAUCUAAUCUCAUAUCUCUCUCUAGCUGCUGGGGAGGCAUGUCAAAUUUUUUUCUGAAGCUUUCCUAAAUAUGUACUUUCUUGGGUUAAGUGCUGUAAUCGCUGUUGACCAGAAGAAAACAAGACGUUUUAUCGAUACCCUGCGGGCAUAACGUCUAAAAGUACUUCUUUUAAAAAGUGCUUUAGGUUGCUAAGGAUAUCGAACUUAUUAUUUUCUUUUUGUAAAAUGUUUUACAGAUAGCAAAGGUUCUUUUGCACAACACAAGCGUUUGGCACGGAAGAGAAGGAGGACCUAUUCUUGUCGUCUGUUACACUAACCACGCUCUGGACCAAUUCUUGGAAGGAAUCCACGCCUUUCACCCGGAAGGAAUUGUCCGUGUUGGAGGAAGAAGUAACAGCGAGACCAUUCAAGAAUGUAGUCUCGCAAAAAUUAAACAAACAAGGAGGGAGGUAACUGAAAAUCAUAUGUAUAACAUCUUAAGUGAACAAACACUCCACUGGAAAUUUAACGACGGAACAAAUUCACUAGCAACGUUUUCUGGCAAGGUGGAAGGUAGGCCUUGAGAGUUUUAAGACAUUUAACAACUGUUUGUGGUGAGAAUUAUGACCAAACACCGUCAUAUAUUUAAUAGAAACAAUUUCUUACAAUUCAGACACAAAAUUCAUGGUUAUGGCUUGUUGAACACACAAGAGAGUGUAGAAACUACAUAACUUAAAUUCAUAUUUUUAAAUUGAAAUUACUGAAACUGCUUUCAAAGCUUAUGAUACUAAUAAUUCUGUAAGUAUAUGGCAUACUAAAGAUACUGAUUAUUUGUGAAAGCAUGGAUAUAUAUAUAUUUAUCUGUUAAUUAUUUAGGAGAAUCUGACACCUGUUCAAAUCAGAAAAGCUUAUGGUCAGAUCCGAGGAGAAAUGAGAAGUCUGUCAGCCUUGAUUGAUGAUCACGAGGAAAUGUUGCAUGAAUUAUCGAAGACUUUGCUUCACGAGGAUGAGCUUGUUGAUUACGGCAUGGUCCAGAAGCAUUACGAUUCCUUGACGAGAGGAUCACGAAAUAAUGGGGCAAAGAAAAGAGAAUCAGUCAUUCCACAGUGGCUUGGGCUUCCCGUAGAGCCAGCGGACCCAUACCAAGAGGGUAGGAUAUUUUCGCAAUAUCGAAGGAGUAAAAAUAUCACGCGUUUUGAUUUUUUGUUGUUUUGGCAACUAAGUAGAGGGAAAUGUUUUUUUUGUCUUGACACAAGUGUGGGGUAACCCAAAAAAUUUCAACAUUGCUGCAUUAUUUCUCAAGAUUCACCUUUCGACAGAUCUUUUUAAACAAUCUAAAUUGUAGGUUCAGAGCCACCUUAAGAUACCGGUGAUUUCAGUCGAGGCAACCACUUUCCGGUGAAAGUAGCCGUCAUUCCUUUUCGCUUUAUUGGUUUUUAAUCGACCACUUCACAUGAUCCCACCUCAUCAAUAUUCAUGACGAUAAAAUAGUGUAUUCCGGGCUCCUUCUUUUUUAUACUAUUCAACUGUGACAUUAUUUUAUAAUAAUCUGUGAAUUCUUCGCAUCUGUUUCAGGUUUCGCUCAACCUCUUGCUAUGUUUCCCUUUAAUGCUGAGUGUGGAGGUUUGGAGUAUUUCUCUCAAGAAAAUAUAGCUUAUUUAUCACCACGUGUUCAGUACACCCCAGGUGUCGAUGGGAGUCCAGGAGGCUCUCUAGAACUAUCCGGAUUUGCUGACUCGUUCAUCGAGAUUCCAAAUUGGUGGGGAGGGUUUGCAGACGCUGCGGUUUCCAUAACGUUGCUAGCAUUUAUCUACCCUUUGGGAGGAAGCGGACCAAUUGUUAGCUAUGAUGUUCACGGCUGUGGUGUUCAACUUUGGCAUGAUGGUUUUGAGGAAAAAAUGGGUGUAUUGACAGCUUACUUCACUCAAAGAGAUCUUUUGCCCUCCGCGUUUUAUCUAAGAGCAGCUGUUCUGCGCAUAAACGAAUGGAACUUCAUCGGUGCCUCCUACGAUCACGACUCUGGAUUUGCUCGUUUGUGGCACAAUGGAAAUGAAGUAAUGGCAGUAUUUAUUGGGGAGACGCAUUUGGCGACGCAGUUCCCCAUAAGGAUCGGUGCUCUCGCGAGCACCUGGGUGGGGUAUAGCUUCAAAGGGAGAAUUUCGCAUUUGCACAUAUACGCCGAGUCACUGACAGCCGAGAACAUUCGAGCAGUCGGAGGCAUGUCUUCACACGGUAAGUUUAAUUAGUUUAAAUCUCUCUAAAAGGAGAUUACAGUUUCAGCAGGAGUCAAAAUAAGAGACUUUUUCCUCAUGCUCCUCCUCACGCAGUUUCAAUCAAUUCCAACCACUUUUCCUACAGAAAAAUAGGCAAAGAAAAACUGCGUUACAUUUCGAUGCAAUAUAUGGCGCCUGCUAUGUUGGAUUUCAUUCUUUUUCAGAGAGAUUUCUGAAAUUUGAUUGGCUCAGACCAGAAGUAUUUUAACCAAACUUGAAAUACUUACAUGUAAAAAUCACAGUUUCCAUGGUAACCAAAUUAUAUUAAAAAUAUGUAUGAAGAAAACGAUUUGAUUUGCACUAUAAUUUUAAAAAAAUCAUGAUUUCUUCGGAGUAUUUGGGAUAAAUGCCCGCUCAUGAUAUUUCAAAAUUUCCCCAAUAUCACUUGCCUCCUCGCGGCUCGUAAUAUUUUGGUGAAUUUUUAAAUAUCACGUGCAGUUUCUAUCUCAAUACCCCAUAGAAACCAUGCUAUUUCCUGCACUUAUUUAUUGUUUAUCUUACUUCUGUGAUUAAUGAUGAAACUCAAUUUUUUAAACAGAGACAUACAGGUUCAGCGAAGAGAACGCAGGAGAGGCAAGAGGUAAAAACAACGAAGAACAAGGAGAAUUUGACUACAGGGAGAGUUCCGCUAAUUUUCGAUUUGACGCUAAUGUCUUGCAAGAUCAAAGGAUACUAGAAACGGAUGAGGUUACCAGAUUUGGGCGCGAGUCUUCCUUGUCUCAUUUGAACACGAACAACACGAGCGAUGAGUGUGAGUUUCCAAUGUGUGCUCAUGAAGGUGCAUCAAGGGGCAACUGGCAAUUCCAGAAUUCAAAACGAAUUAAGCAAAAGAUCAAACGAAUUAUUCAGAGAGAGCUUCAGCGAGAAGACGUAAUGAGUGAAGAAGAAGCCUCUGAGGUAAUUUCGCAAACCGAAUUAGUUUGUCUAUUAUUUAACGAACGUAUAUUGAGAAAUGGUAAAGAAACCAGUGAGGCACGUGGUUGAUUCAAACCUCAUCACUUAUGAGGGUAAAUAGUGAAAAUAUUCUUCUUGAUGUCGAUUGUUACGUUUUAGGUGGAGGAUGUGUGGAAUUUGUCUGAGAAAAACCGCUGGCGACUAUAUCGCAGAUGGAUGUUCGAUGCACGUGAGACUUGCGCCGAGCAUAUCUGUGAUUUCCAAGAAUUGUAUGAUGAUCAAGUUCUUCAGUUAAAAGAAGUAAGGAAACAAGAGGAAUGCGAGAUCCUUAAAAAAGCUGAUGUCAUUGGAAUGACCACGACAGGUAAGCGGCGACUUAACGAAAACCCGACAUUGGUGAGUAGUCGUAUAAGAGAGGUUUCUUUCGUUUUGAUUUGUGCGAAGCAGCCGUCAAGAUGUACUUAAUUUUGCUAACCACGCGUCCUGUUAAUUUCGUGGCCGACGAUAUUUUCUGACUGAAGGAGUUCGACUAUAGAAAGGAUAACAAGACUAUUGACAUAUAAUUCUGCAAAUACUGCUUGGUCCUUAGUAGCUAUUGCGUCCAAGAAAAUGGUCUCUUUUGCCUUUCCAACAACAGAUCCGGGUCUCGGGUUGAAUCACCUGGUACAAGGUAUUCCUGUCACUCACACCAGGUUUAAGCGGAUCGUUUUAUCCCCAUCUCUUUUGGUAAACGGUGUGUUUAAGCUUUGAAGAAAAGCCUGGUUUUUAGUGAACGUACUUUGUCUCUCUCUUUGAAAUUUGAGUUAUAACAAUUUAGCAACCUUGCAAAAAGACAGUGUUAGUGAAAAAAUCAUUAUUUCAUCAAUGAGAACUUUAAAUCCUGGUCUUAAAGGUUUGUCUGUGAUUGUGGAAGUAGCUUGUAAAGAUCUUGCCCGAGGACUAGGCAGGCAGCAGGGUGUCAUCAUUCACACCUGACGUUUGAAUGAUGACACCUCAUCUGUCUUAAGAAGCGCUCUAGACAGAUGGUGCUUUAUCAUGGAUGUCAUGAGUAAUUCAUGUACACAGAAUAAUCUUCUUAGUUCUUCCCGCAUUUUGGAAGAAUAGUUAAAGUGUUUAGAGAAUUUGAGAAGAAAAGUCUAAAGAUAAUUACCACCAGUUAAAUCGAAAACGAAGCUUUAUGUUAAACUGAUUCAUUAAUUGUUUAGAAAGUGAACAAAUGCUAUGUCCUUAAUGGUUUGUAUCAAGGUGCUGCCCGGUAUCACAGUUUGCUACAAGACAUUCAACCGACAAUUACUAUCGUGGAAGAAGCCGCUGAAGUGCUAGAGGCGCACAUUGUAACCUCUCUAACCAAAGGAUGUAAGCAUUUGAUUCUGAUUGGUGAUCAUCAGCAGCUCCGACCCAAUCCCACAGUCUACGAUCUCCAAAUCAACUACAAUUUAGACGUAUCCUUGUUUGAGAGAAUGGUAACGAACGGAAUGAAGUUCUCAAGGCUGAGCCUACAGCACCGAAUGAGACCAGAGAUCGCCAAGAUGCUGGAUCACAUUUAUGUAGCACCGAAACUGGAGAAUCACGAGUCUGUUAAAUUUGAAAACAUAGUGGGCGUGGAAAGAAAUUUGUUCUUUGUGAAUCACAGAGAGAAAGAGGUAAUAUAUAGAUUUAGCCAAUCCUAAAAGCAGAGCUGGCUUUUUUUUCCCGCACGUCUCAAGGGCACAACGCCUUGCCCCGGCCAGGACUAGAACCCGGGUCGUCCGACUCGGAGCCCAGUGCACUGACCACGUGCCCGUGGUACAUUUGACCACGCAUGUUAAAAGUAGCACCUUGUAAGGUCGUACGGUCGUACGGUCGUACGGUCGUACGGUCGUACGGUCGUACGGUCGUACGGUCGUACGGUCGUACGGUCGUACGGUCGUACGGUCGUACGGUCGUACGGUCGUACGGUCGUACGGUCGUACGGUCGUACGGUCGUACGGUCGUACGGUCGUACGGUCGUACGGUCGUAUAUCCAAAUUAUUUCGGCUCGAUGGGUUACUACUAUUUUGUAUAAUUAUGGGGCUACGCUCUGCGAGCUCCGCUAUUAGACAGUGACUUGUUUUUUUGUCGUAAAUUAGAAGAAUCUUCUGCAUAUAUUUUGUUCAAACAAGGGUGCAUUAUUAUGGCAUCAUUUGAAUUAAAAGAAAAAGAGAGCUUGAGAGGGCGAUGCAAUCUAAAAGGCGGUCCUAGUCGCGUGUGCAUAUUUUUUUUAAUGACACUUUGCAUUAUCCUGACUUCCCCUUUAUGCUAGUUUUAAUGUCUAGAUCAGACCUUUCUGUUGAAUUGUAUAUGCCAUUUUUCGUUCUUUUGACUGUGUGAAUCUUUUUAUUUCUCCGUGCAGAAUUCUAUUCGUGAAGGAAAAAGCAAAUCCAAUGCCCACGAAGCAAAAUUUUUGACAGCACUAUGUCGUUACUUCAUUCAACAAGGUUAUCAGCCAUCACAGAUAACUAUUCUCACAGCCUACAGUGGACAGCUCGUCGAAUUCAGGAAAGAGAUGAUAGACGACAAAGAGUUUUUUGAAGGAGUUCGUGUUACAGCAGUGGAUAAUUUCCAAGGAGAAGAAAAUGACAUCAUUCUUCUCUCGCUCGUCCGCAGUGAAAGGAUUGGUUUCCUCAAAAUUGCAAAUCGUGUUUGUGUCGCUUUAUCACGAGCUCGUAAAGGCUUCUACAUCAUUGGAAAUGCGACUCUUUUAGCAGAGGAAGACUCUAAUCUUUGGGCAAAAAUCAUCGCAGAUAUGCAGGAGGAUGGCAAUCUAGGCAAUGAAUUGAAACUGGUUUGUCAGAACCAUCCCCAGAAUGUAAUUCACGCUUCUUGUGCUGAGGAUUUUGAAGACUCUCCCGAAGGAGGUUGCAAAGAAACGUGUAUGAUGACUCUGGAAUGUGAACACGUCUGCGAGAGAUUAUGUCACCCGAUUGAUCUUGAGCACAAAGAGAAAUUUGCUUGCGAGAAGCCUUGUACCAGAACCAUUUGUGACCUUCAGCACAUCUGCCCCAGGACAUGUGCCGAAAAGUGUGGUCCUUGUAUGGAGAGAGUGGUGAAGGUCAUCCCGGGAUGUAAUCACGAGCAGCUUGUCCCUUGCUCCAUCGAUGCUACUACCUUCAAGUGCCAGGCGAGGGUGUCAAAGGAAACCUCUCCCUGUCGCCAUAUCAACGAGGUGGAGUGUUUUGUGGCCCCUGCUGACAUCACCUGCAAGGAGCCUUGUAGUAAAUUAGAGUGUGGACAUCCAUGUCCCGGUAAGAUAAUAGGUCUAAGCUUUUCUUAGACAUAAUAUUAGGAUCUAUCUUUUAGAAAUAACAGGGGAGCAAAUCCCUUCCAAGAGCUGCUGUCCGGAAAUCAGAAGCAGAUCGAAAGUGAAUCUUCAAGAGCAGCUGGAACAUUUUUUGGGCAUCGGCCGGAGUCAUUUUCAGAGAGGAUAAGUUUUGUAGCUCCACGUAAACUCAAGUUUAUCGUUUAUUACCUUUAGCAACUAAUGCACGGGUGGUAAGAUCUGAUGGUGCGUUACUUUAGCGUCCCUGUAUGCAUUCAUUUUUUCUCUAACGGGGCUAGGAGCGACAGAACGUUCAGCUAGAAAGGCCUCAGAAAAUGUUAUCUGGUCAUAGAGAAUGUUUGGAAGGCUUUUUCAAGUAACCAAUUGUAAUUAGCUGUUCAACUUUCACUCUAGAAAGAAAACAAAUUAACGAGAAAACUCCUCUCCUCUGCGCACGUUGGCUGUGCUAAUACUUACCUUCGUCACACAUCAAAACGGUAAGGUCUGUUGACGGGAAGCAACGAUCGCAGCACCACUGUUGAUGUUUGUUAAUCCUUUAUCUUAAAGUUUUUCUUUUAAUGCUUUUCGUUUAGGUUACUGUGAUCGAUGUCAGGGAGGCCGUCUCCAUUUGCCGUGCCGGUCUCCAUGCAGCCGAAUACUUUUCUGCGGCCACACUUGUGUGGAUAAAUGUGUAAAGUCCUGUCCACCCUGCUCAUCAAAAUGUCGUAAUCAUUGCGAUCACCAAAUCUGCAAACGGAGUUGUGGUGAUCCUUGUCAGCCAUGCUUUGAGGAGUGCUUAUGGCAGUGUCCACAUCAUAAAUGUACUAAACGUUGCGGAGAGAUUUGCGACCGACCGAGAUGCGAUGAGCCAUGCUCUAGGCUGUUACCGUGUGGCCAUGUGUGUGUCGGUGUUUGUGGUGAUAUUUGUCCCGAAUUAUGCCGAGUUUGCGAUUCGGUUGAGUUCCACGAGAGUGCGUCUGGAGCAAUGUUCAUUGAAUUGGUUGACUGUGGUCAUGUGGUAGAAGUUGGGCAACUGGACAAAUGGAUGGACGGAAGAGAUAAAGCCGACGCACAGACUGGAAAUGACGAUGCCGAAAUCAGAUAUAAAGUUUGCCCAGAGUGCAGAACUCCAAUUCUGUACAGUCGUAGGUAUGGAAAACUAGUCAAGGAAAUUCGUGCCGAUUUUGAAGCUAUAAAGCGUCAAGUUCGUCUUGCUGAUGUCACAAGCAUUGACCAGAUACAGAGGAUUCGGCAAGAGGCUCAAGAGGUCAAAGAAAUUCCGAAGAUAUUGCUUGAGGACAUCGCCAAAUGCGGCACCGGUGGUCGUAGUACUUGUGAAGAAGUCCACACUUGUGAAAAUCGAGUGACUUUCCUGAAAUUUCUUGGAAGUUUAAUCACAAAGCACAAGAUCACAAAAGAAUCCAACUGUGAGCUAUAUGACAAAAUAAAUCUCCUGAAAGCACGGGUAAUGAUGAGGCGGGAUUGCUUCAGUGAACAGGAACUCAAUGAAUUUCAGAAUGAGUUGUUACGAACAAAGCUUCUGGUGUCUUUCGAAGGCCUGACGACUACUCUCGAAACUAACAAGUCAGUCCUUAGUCUCUGUCCUAGUGAUGCCAAAACUGUAGAAUCUAUAAGUAGUGCUCUGGAAUCCGGCAAAGUAAUUGGUACGUAUAGGUAUAAGUCACAUAAUUUAUAGAAAGUUCAAAAACUCAUUAAUAAUUCAUAAGCCCAUUAACCUAUCAAAUGGUAGAUAAUACAUCACGUGCAGUGACUUUAUAUCGAUAAACCUCAUCCUUAUUAGUAUGCGGUGUUUUAUCAGAUAUAAAGACACUGCACGUGACUUAUGAAUGUUUUUCUCGUAUGCUAAUUUGGAUACGCUUGGAUACGAAUUUUAUCUUCGAGUACGGUGUUAAUAACUUCUUUCAUGAGUGAGAGGAGUGAUCGAGUGAGAGAUGUUAUCAACACGAGAAAAUUAAUUCGUGUCUGAAAGCAGGCAUGUAUUUUUCUGUUUAAAGUAGAUUGGUUAUUUGAAGCAAAUACAAUUUUGAAACUCCGUAUGAAAGAGCAACGAUUGCAGAGAUAACCCGCUCGUAAUCUCAGCUCGAAGAAAGCUACUUCAACUUUCGGCAUAAAAUAUUAUGACUAUUCCUCGUAAUUUCCCUGCUAAAAAAGUUAAGUCAGCCAGAAAGCGUUUCGUAGAUGUAGUACACCUUUUCGUGAAAAGUAAAAACCGCCCUUUUGAUUAAUACGGUUAUCCCGACGACAUUAAUAGCUUCACAUGCGAAGAUACUGAUGGUAUACGUCCACUACGUGUGGUGAAGACACAAUGGUUUGGAAACUGGAGAAAUUCCGUCAUUUCAUCGAUAUAAACAUGAAAAUACAAGUUAUGAUAAGUUUUUCGAUCACGGUUCGCAACCAAACGAAUCUAGAUUUACUGACGCCGUAGUGUCCACCUGAUUUUUUAGUCUUUUCCACAAAAACUCCUCUACUUGCCCUGUGUGUAUAUUCGAGUAUUUAUUUGACUUUGAAUAUCUAAAUUUAGUAUAUACUAAAACAGUAAAUAGCGUUGAAGGUACGCCCUGAUUGGCUACCCAAACUCCAAAUAUCCCGUGCUAUUCAACUCCGAGCGACUCGCGCGGGAUUUGCCCUCGAAAACAUUGUAAUCGUUGCUGGAAUAAAUUAGUUAAAAUUUUUUUUAUGUGCUACAUUUUCUCGCUGUUUUAGUAUAUAUAUAAACAACUGUUCACCUCAGGUCAGUGUCUAGCGAUGGAUAUUUACCUCGCUCCUUCGUGGCUCGGUAAAUAUCCACCACUAGCCACCUCAGUCCACUUCGGUUUAUUGAUGUCAAAUAUGAUUUCUCCGCGUAAUCUUAGGUUAUUCAUUCCAGUCGGUGGGACUGUGGAUAAGCAUGUGAUGAGAGGUUACCUACUCAGUUGCACAACCAAAAUAGAUUCAAUGAUGCUGUGUCUUUCAUUUUAUAGCUCGUAACAAAAUAGAAGAGUUCUUGGAUGAUAUCAAUGGAAUAGAGCAGAGACAUGGGCUCUCAAAGAAAGAGGAGGAAAAGUUUUGCUUAGAAAAGUUGAGGGAUGAGAUUGUCAAGUCGAAGCACUUAACACAAGGACCCUGGUACAAAUGCAAGAAAGGUUAGAUACACCUUGUUAAGAUUUCUUAAGGAGUUACUGCGGAGUAGAAGGGUGAAUACUGCCAAGGAAAACUCAGUGAAAGCAAUUGCUGUAAAUGCACAGAUUGAUUUUGUCGAGUCAUUUAUCAUUACAUUGAAUUAAUGCAUUUAUUAUCCACGUCAUACACAUCCAUUCUUGUUCCCUUUAAGGUCAUAUUUACCCAGCUGCAGAAUGCAGUGAAAACGAAUUCUCGAUUAAGUGUCCAGAUUGUCUUGCAGCAGCAAGGACUACUGAAUCACAUACCAAGGUACUCAUAUCAAAUAUCUUGCCAACUUGUCUCAGGUCUGAGAAUGUACCUUCAGCGACAGGUAGAAUUAAACCACAACAAUAAAGUAGUAAAAAAAUGGCGCUAAGGGAAAGAAAGCGUGCAACUUACCGCCGCAAAGAUACACUAAGCAGUAUGACUAUCAAACGUGAGCAAGCCAGGCACUUGGUUCAAGAAUUGAAUAUUUUUUAAUAAUUUGGCGUUUUAUUUUUUAUUGAGGAAGUUACGUUCUGGUUUUGUGGUAUCCAUUCACUUCAAAAACAUCUGAUACCAACAUCAACUCUAAUUGAGAGUGCUUUACUCAUUUUUUCCACAGACCGUUCCUACUCCGGUGAAACUCAGCGAGUUCAUGAAUGCGACGUCUAAAAAUGAGUUCGCGGUGAGCUCUAAAAGGCGGAGGGAGAAACGCCCAUCCAAAACUUCCAAGGCCCACAAAUGAGCUCUUGAAUUUGAGAGAUUUCUCAGACGUUCAAUCAUUUCAAACUGGGGAUAUUAUUUUUAUCGAUUAUCGUCUAUCUUAACCGUUCCCUUCCUGAUUUACAAUUGUAUUCUUUUAGAAGUUCGACAAGUACUCUAAUCAACAAAUGAACGUCGCAACAAGAAUGAUUUUAUAGUCAUAACCUACAUGAUUUACUGGUUACAAGAAACCAAUCAACCGAAGAACUUACUGUUAAAUUGCUCCUUACCACACCAGUUGCGGGAGUUUGAUUCUGCCGGCAACCAGUUUGAAUAUUGAGGGAAGAUUACUGGCGAAGUAGUUCUCUCCAAGCAUUUCGAUAAAAAAUUAAGCGCCAAUUUUAAAUGACGUUUUUUACUUCCUGCAGGGGAGGGGUAACGAGAAUUUAAAGCCUUUGCAUUUAUCUUGAAUACGGCUAUUUUGAAUUGUUAUGACCUACUAAAGUAAGAAGUGUUUGGGAACUACUAAAAUUGGGGAUGUUUUGACUAAGUGUUUGGAAAUUGUUUCGGUCUGUUAGGUCAUUUUGGAAUCUUUAUGCGAGUCUUGAGAGCCUUGUUUUGUUAUGAGCUGACCUCCUUUUAUUUUUACCUCUUGAGUGAUGUGUCCUUGACCGUUGUGAUAGGACUUAAUUCUCGCACGAUUAUCGCCAUCGCUAGUCAUGUUUGGGUUUGUCUUUGACCUUGCUUAGAAUCUUCAAUGGGAGGUUUUGUUUGGGUUUUGGUUCUCGAAUAUUGGUUGACGGAUGUUAAGUACUUUGUUUUUCAUUUCGAAUGUCUUUUGAGGUUGUUUUUUUGUUACCCUACCGAGGUCAGUUGUCCUGUAAGCCCAAACAUCCCUACCGAUAAAGUAUUUAAGAGCGUGUACUAAGAGCUGAAGUCAUAAGAAGACCGAGUCCCAGAGAGUGAAAUAAAGUUCCUGAACAGACUCCUGGUGCCUCCUGUUUGCACGC